CCCACUAGUGGCCCUUGCCGCGUUCACUCCAACCUGACAUGGCGCGUUCGCGAACCUCUUCUAACUAAGUACGUUCUGAACAAUUGUAUCAUUCACCUACCAACACAGAGUCCCGGUGACUGCGCAAACUUGAUCAAUCAUCCAAUCGAGGCUUUUCAGCUUCGCUUGGCGAUCCAAGAAUAUCUUCUGCGCACCUAUUCCCCCGUCAAGAUGCCACGCGCCAGCCGACCUUCGCGAGCUGCGGCUCGCCGUAGCACUCACAGCGCAACACCUCAUGUUGAACUUGACGACGAAGAAAUGCUGGAUGUCCCCGAAUCGCGCCCCGAAACACCUGCCGAAGAGGAAGACGCCGCUAGUCCUCCCCCAGACUCGGAGGAGGAGAAGGUCCCCUCUGAGCGCUCUGCUACUCCUGUUACGAUUCCGCGCAAGAAGCGUCUGGGACGCCCGCCUAAGAACAGACCGCCAGAUUGGAAUGUGAUUCCAGAUAACACAUCGGAGGGCGGUACACCUAUCAAGCGGAAACGUGGACGGCCUGCUGGAGGUGGCUUUCGAGGACGACCGAAAUAUGGGCCAGCGCAGACCACGCGGGUCGCUAUCGACAAAGAGGGCACUAUGAUGGAUGUGGUCAACGAUGAAGUAGAUCUACCCGGCGAUCCGGAGGGAGAGGAGAAAGUCGACAAAGACGGCAAUCUCAAGGGCGGACGAGACUAUCGCGUGCGUGUUUUCACCAUUUUGGGCCGCGGCGAUAGGCUUUAUAUGCUGUCAACUGAGCCUGCGCGUUGCUGUGGCUUCAGGGACAGCUAUCUAUUCUUCACAAAGCAUCUGCAGUUGUACAAAGUCAUCAUUACCGACGCAGAAAAGAUGAACCUUAUCGAGCGCGAAAUUAUCCCCCACUCGUACAAAGGUCGCUCCAUUGGUGUCGUUACCGCACGAUCAGUGUUCAGAGAGUUUGGGGCGCGCAUUAUCAUCGGCGGCAAGCGCAUAAUUGAUGAUUACAAUGUGACUGCAGCAAGGGCAAGAGGCGACGUUGAAGGGGAGUUGGUAGACCCGAACGAUACAUUACCGCCACCCGGAGAGCCGUAUAAUAAAAAUCAGUAUGUUGCAUGGCAUGGUGCGAGUAGUGUGUAUCACACUGGAGCUCCGAGUGUUCCUAUGGCUGCUGGAAAACCGAUACCAGGGAAGAGAAAGGUCAACAUCACGUCGGCCAAUUGGCAAUUUGAACAUGCUAGUUCUGCUAGCCGCUUCAAUUCAGGUCUUUCUGCGCUGCGCAAAGCCAAUCUCGGCGGUGUAUACGAUACCCACACCAACUUGAUGUGCUAUCCUCGCGUCACUCAACCUACGCAUGCUAGAUGGGAAGAGGUGCCUAUCAAACAGAGUGACGUACCGCCCCUUGUACGGAAGCAUUUCCUCGUAAUCGACACCUAUGUCCAGAAGCCUCCUUAUGCAAGCUUGGGCCUGCCAGGCCCGGAUGGCGAUUUUCUCGACGUUGGGGUCAACGGUCUUCCUAACCUCGAGGACGAGGACAUUGAGAACAUGACCGCUGAGGCUAAAGAAGCUUAUCUUCAGGCCAAAGAAGAUGAAAAGUGGUGGAGGGGGCAAUUCGGGUCGGAGACAGUGGACGGGGCACGACCGAAAAUCAAAGUCGGUUAUACUGGUGUCCCAACUUAA